GUUCCAAUGUCUACCGUUAGGUUUACAGAUUCUUCGACUACUAGUCGAAUACAUACUCUACUUAUUUACCGAUACCGAUCAGGUAUGUUUCUGCGACAUAGGUUAUGUACAAUAUAAACAGCAUAAGACAGUGUAAAAGUGUGAAAAGUGAAAUCAAUUGAUUUUCCGUAAAUGAGGUUAGACCAUAAAACAAGUUUGAGCGAGAAAUAUAUGUAGUUCGUACAUAUAUAUAUAUAUAUAUAUUCGUCAUUGCAUCGAUUAAAAUCCAAACCGAUUAUUGACAAUCGAGUCGCAGCGUACGACGUCUGUGACUUCGGAACAGGAGAAAGACAUCGACAAUGGACGACAGACCAUCUUUUUCCGUUGAAAGCAACACAUUUCUAGACAAUCUUUCGGGAAUUAAUUUGCCGGAGAAGAUUUUAUUCGUGAUCGACACUGUCAGAGAAAGGAAUUCUACCCCUUUCAAAUUUACCACAGGAGCUAAGUACACACCGCUGUUUAUGAUGAAACGGGUCGUGGAGCAUUUUGUUUGUCUGAAAUCAACUAUUCAACGGAAUCACGAGUACGCGCUAAUGACUUUAAAUUCUCAAGGUGCCGAGUGGAUAUGCGAUUUUACUGGCAACGUCAAAAGUAUAGUUAACCAUUUGGAUGGCAUCGACGAGGAGAUACCAGCAGACGAGUUACAUACGUACGACCUUGGCCAGCUGUUUGAAAAGAUACAGUCAAAAGUACCUUUGCCACCAAAGAAGCAUACUAGUACCUCUCUUGCUACAUUUGUCACUAGAGUAAUUUUAAUGUACUCUCGGUCCAACAACAUACCAAAAUUUCUAACCAGUAAAAAGUACUUUGAUAAUCUUACGGAGAACUGGUACUUCUUCAUCGAUGUGUUAUAUAUACAUGAACCUCCGUGCCCUGAGAAUGUAUGCGAAGAAAUCUAUGCUCAAAUGGCAAAGUUAGAUACAGCAAAUUAUUCAUACAUAUUAGAAGUUGGAAAAAAUGCAGCAAAGUUGCACGAUAAUAUGGCAAAAUUACUGGCACACCCCCUUCAAAGGCCAUCGCAAAAGAAUACUUGUUAUACUCUUUAUUCUCCGUCCAAUAUGCAAGACACAUAUACAAAUGUCUCAUAGUAUGUUACAAAUUGAAGUAUUAUCGCGUUUACCGAUAUCA